AUGUACGCAACAAAACCAAAUAAAAAUCAAUCAUUCGAAAAUAUGAUUUGGCAUCUUUUAGAUAAUUAUUUGUAUAAAAAUGCCAUAUACUUAACGGAAAAACUUUAUGCACAAGAUCAUAAGAAUGAAAACUUGCUUUUUUUAUUAGCAACUUGUUAUUAUCGUAGCGGUCAAAAGAAAGCAGCACAUUGGUUGUUAUCAGAGGCUCAAUCAAUAAAAUGUAAAUACUUAUUUGCUAGAUGUUGUUUAGAUCUUUGUAAGCCGGAAGAUGGUAGAACUGUGUUAUUAAAUAUUUUACCAAAUUUGGAAGAAAUUGAUCUUUUCGGUUCAGAGAAUUCUUUAACCAGAAAUGAUAAUCCUGAUCUGGCAUCAGCAUAUUGCUUGUUAGGGAAUUUAUGUAAAAGCUCACAUAGAGUUAAUGAGGCAGCUGAUUAUUAUAUCGCUUCUAUAAAGUCAAAUCCGUUCAUGUGGGAAGCUUUUGAAAAUCUUUGUAAAUUGGGCAAAUCAAACCAUCUAGAUGUUAAAGAAAUAUUUACUAUAGAGAAUGUGAAAUCAAAUAUUGAAAAUUCUGACUCUGAUUUGUUUCCUGUGAAUGAUGAUAUUUCUUCAAUAAGGUAUACUACAUUAUCUUCAACUCGCAAAAUUGAUAACAGAAAACAAAAACGUUUUCGUAUUACAAAUGAUGAUAAAAGCAACACAGGGUCUGAUGAAAAUAAUAUUAAUAAAGAUAGAAAGGAAUUAGAUAUUAAGGAAGUUAUGGAUAUAUAUCAGAAUUUGGCCAAAGGUUAUUCAUUUUUAAGUCAGUAUGAAUGUUCUAAGGCUAUUGAGGCUUUCUUAGAACUUCCUACUUCUCAAAUAAAUACUGGAUGGGUACACUGUAAUAUGGGAAAAGCUUAUUUUGAGAUGGCAAAUUAUACAAAAGCAGAGGAUUGCUUUUCAAAAGCACUUCAAUUAGAACCUUAUAGACAUGAAGAUAUGGAAAUAUACUCCACCACACUUUGGCAUUUACAUAAAGAUGUUGCACUCAGUGUACUUGCCCAUGAACUUUCAGAUUUUGAAUGUUCGUCACCACAAGCAUGGUGUGCUAUUGGUAAUUGUUACAGCCGUCGACAAGAAUAUAACCUAGCGUUAAAAGCCUUUGAUCAAGCAAUACAACUGGACCCAUCAUUUACCUAUGCAUAUACUUUAUCUGGACAUGAAUCUAUGGCAAGUGGUGACGUUGAUAAAGCUGUAGAAUAUUUUAGGAAAGCUUUGCAUACUAAUGAGCGUCAUUAUAAUGCACUUUAUGGACUUGCUAAAUAUUAUGAAACAUCCGGUCAAAUUGAAAAUGCAGAAUUACAUUAUAGAAAAGCUAUGGACAUUAAUCCUAAAAAUGUAGCCUUGUUAUGUUCUUUGGCCAAUGUAUUGGAAAAGUUGGAUAGACAUCCAGAAGCACUUUUACUUUACAGUCAAGCUCAUGAUAUUAAUCCACAAACACCUCUAGUAAUGUAUAAAAGAGCAAGAGCAUGGUAUAAAGAUGGUCUAUACGAGCAUGCACUUAAAGAACUAGAAAAAUUAAGAAUGCUUGUUCCAAAUGAGCCCAAAAUGUAUUUUCUUAUGGGCAAAAUCCAUAAAGCAAUGGGUAAUAAAUUUAAGGCUAUGGAGAACUUUACUUUGGCAUUAAACAUGAAUCCUAAAAUAAUGCCAGAAGUAGAGACUGCGAUUAAUAGAAUGGAUGAUGUAUCUAUAGAAUCUUUAACUGGGUUCACUGCUGCACAUGCGUCAUGCUCACUAUCAACCGAUCAUUUACAUACUUUCUCUAUCUCGCUAACUAUCACAUCUUCAAAUUACUUUCCAUGCGUAUUACCAUAUCUGGAUAUAGUUGAAAAUUCUAGUAUAAAAAGAUUUAAUUUGGAGUCAUUAAAAGAAGAGGUGGAAGAAUUAAAACGUAUUUUAGAAAUGGUUAAUUCGCCAAUCAUAUUUGGACAUAAUGAUGUAAGUUUUGAUAUUGGCAACCAUUUCUGCGAGUGGACCUUUAAUUACGACUCACAUGAUCCUCACGUAGCACAUUUAGAUUGGUAUCCAAAUGAAGAUGAACAACUCAAUUUUUUGGAAUCAUAUUUGGAUGGAUUAUUAUCAGCAUCAAAAAAACAAAAAUGA